UCCUGCGCACGUCGACCUCGCGCCCCGCCGAGCGGUCUGGGCUCGCGCGCGCAGACCCCCUCCUGGCAGCCCCUGCCACCAAUGUCCCCGCGCCGCUCAUUGGCCACCGUACCCUGAGGGCCCGCCCCGCUUGCGGGCUGGGCCACUCGCGCCUGACAGGCACGCGUCGUACCGGACUUGUGGGUGGGAGAGGGUCGAAGAGCCACUCUGUCACUUCAUAGAGGGUUAGUCCGUGAUCAUCUAUCUAUCUUGGUUGGGAGAAUGGUGACCAACAGGCUGACGUGGUGCUGGAACAGUAGCUAAGAGCUGACAUCUGAUCCAUAGCCGGCUCCAGUACCCAGACUCAAGCUCCCCACUUCUCAAUGGACAACCCCAGCUCAGACCCGUUGCCUUCAACUUUGUCUGGGGAGGAAGAAAAACCUCCAGCCUUAUUGCCUCCUGUUCCCCGGGGGCGCCGAGGCCGACCUCCAGGGGGAGCCACCACCUCCAAUCGGACUCUCAAGUCCUCCCUCCCUCGAAAGAGGGGCCGUCCCCCCAGAUCAGAGCAGGAAACCCCGUUGACAGCACCAGUGGACAGCGGUGGCAGCAGCGAUCUUCUGUUGAUCGAUGAUCAGGGUGUUCCUUAUACAGUUCCUGAAGGGUCAGCAGCAGAUGGGCCCCAGGGCUCUGGUUCCAAGAGGGCUCCGCACUUCUGUCCCGUGUGUCUGAGAGCCUUCCCCUACCUCUCUGACCUGGAGCGCCACAGCAUCUCACACUCAGAAUUGAAGCCACACGUGUGCAAAGAUUGCGGCAAGACCUUCAAACGGUCCAGCCACUUGCGGCGCCAUUGUAACAUCCAUGCUGGCCUUCGGCCCUUCCGUUGUGUGCUCUGCCCUCGCCGCUUCCGAGAGGCAGGGGAGCUUGCACAUCACCACCGCAUCCACUCUGGUGAGCGACCUUACCAAUGUCCCUCAUGUAGGGUGCGCUUCACCGAGGCCAAUACUCUCCGGCGCCAUUACAAACGCAAACACCCAGAGCUUGUGGGGAUGCCUGUGCGCCUGUGCCCCCCAAACCCAAGAACCCAACUGCUGUGGGACGACGACGAGGGCAUCCCUGUUCAAGAAGGGGUACAGGAGGAGUGUCCUGAAGGAAAGGAGCCUACUUGGCCCAUAUCCUCCACCACUUCUCCCCUGUCUGGGUUUACAGCGGGGGGUUCAGCUGGUGCUGGGCACGGGCAAGAAGGCCAAGACACCCUUGUUUCUGGUGGUAUUCCCACCAUGGAAGGGGAUCAAAAGCAGGGACCUAAACCUCUGGGUCCUGGUGCCAUCGGGCACCCUCCUGUGGACUGAGAAGCUCUGGGAGGCAUGGGCUGUGGAAAUAAAUCCCUGCCUACUGACUUC